CGCGACGCUAUAAAAUUCCAGCGACAGCAAGUGUGUCUGUCCACACUAGACGCGACGCGACUGUGAGACGCCACACCUCAAUCAAAAAUCACAGCCAUUCAGAACAGCGUGUGGGCGGAGUCUCUCUGAGAAAGCGCACUGCUGGCCCGCACUCGCAUUGGAAAUGGAUGGAUAUUACAAUUCAAAGGGGGAAUUCACUUCCAGAAAUCCAGAAAUGUCAUAAAUGCUGCAGUGAUUUUCACUGCCCAUUCUGUGACCCCAUAUAUUUCAAACCCACAAAGUUGUCCAAAGUUCAAAAACAUCUCAAGGGACACUUCAACAGAGCAGUGCAACAUGAAGGGUACACCAUACAUCGAUGCGGUCGCCCCUGCCGAACCCAGCACCAUUAUCAUUGCUUGUACUGUCAGUCAACAAUUUUAAGAAAGCCAGAUUUCAUUACACAUUUAGGUUCCUGCAAAUGUAAGCGCGUUAAGAGAGCAAGUGCCACUGAUGCCUGUAACAUCACACCCACUGCUGUUGCACAAGCUACUGCCAUUGCUGUUCCAGCUACCACAGUCAUCGCUGCCACCUCUGUGCCAUCUAUCAUUGUGCCACCUACUGUUAUGCCGCCCUUUUCUGCCAUCUCUGUGCCGCCCACUGCUGCGCCUUCUACCACAGCCACUGCUGCCACCUCUGUGCCAACCAGCACUAUGCCACCCACUGCUGCCACCUCUGUGCCAACCAGCACUAUGCCACCCACUGCUGCCACCCCAGUGCCAACCAGCACUAUGCCACCCACUGCUGCCACCUCUGCCACAGAAACCGUUGACUGCGUCACUCUUUCUGACCACCAGAUGUCGCCGUUUCUCAAUCAUAGUCUCCUGCUGGUAAAGCGCUUAAUCCGCGGGGGGCGUCCGGCUGUCCCGCACCUUCACCAGCGGCACGGACACUUGUGCUCAGCGACAGAACAGGACGGGGGGCGCAGAGCUGCGGGUCAUCUUUACUUCCUCUCUCAUUCACACUUUAGCGGUGAAGUGAAGUCAAGGACGGACGCGGAUCAGCUGAAGGACCCGCUGUGA